AUGUCGCAACGCGGGAACGAGAUGGGCAUGGACUUCGAGUGGCAGAAUAGGACGGGCGCAAUGGACGAGCGAUCACCUUUCGCCCAAAUCAGCCAAAAUGCACAGCGCUUCGAUACUCCCAGCAGAAGACGGAAUAACAACGCCUUCAACUCGCCUUCCAAGAAUUUCGCCAGCUUUGCCAGCCUCCAACAAUCUUCAAACAAACCCCUCCCAAAAGCGCCUGCGCCUGCAGCCUUCAACUCUCUCUACAACACGCCGCGGAAACAGAGUACCGAUAUUGACGACUCGAGCGCUGGAGAGACUCCGAAGUCACCAGAGCGAGACCGAGAACGGAGCCCGACGAAAGAUCGACCGCAGCAGCUGAAACGAGAUUCUUCUUUCUGGGGCAGGUUCAAGAUGAAGAUGAGUCCUGGAAGAGGCGAGAUUGCGCGACCAGAGCACUCGGGUGCCAUCGAGAAGAGAGUCAAGAAGAAACGGGAGAAUCAGCUUCAGCGGCAGGCUUCGCGACGGAGACGGCAUAGUGUGUCGGACUCUGGAGAAGACAGCGAGAUGCACGCCAAGAGCCCCCGGAAGGUCAGUGGCAAGCACAAGGACGUUCAUGGGGAUGAGAGCAAGCCUCACUGGAUCUCCAAUCUCUUUACCUUCAUUGCACAGCAUCCGACUGUGCCACAUAUCCUCUCAUUCUACGCCCAACUCGCCUUUAACGUCUUUCUCCUAGCGGGAUGCGGCUACCUGGUCUACUCCUUCUGGUCAGCCGUACAAGGAGAUGUUGACAAGAAGAGUCACGAAGCGAUGGCCGAUAUCAUGGCAGAGAUGGCCGAGUGCGCUCGCCAAUACACAUCGAACAACUGCGAUCCGAGCAAACGAAUGCCAGCACUUGAAACAGUGUGUAGAGGCUGGCAGCGGUGCAUGGAGCAAGACCCCCACAAAGUUGGAAGAGCGAAAGUGUCAGCGCAUACUUUUGCUGAGAUCUUCAACAGCUUCGUGGAGCCCAUCAGCUGGAAAGCGAUGGCCUUUACAUUCUUGUUGGUCUUUGGAUGCUUUGCUACCACCAAUCUUGCAUUUGGAUUCUUCCGGGACAAGAGCUCGCAAGCUGGCCAACAAUAUGCGCCAAAUUACUACCAGCAUCCCCCGACACCACAACGCACGUUCAGCAAUGAGUAUCCUCAGCAAUUUGGCACGCCGUGGCAUAACGCGCCACCGUUGGAGCCAGGACCGAGCGGUUAUGCACAGAUUGAAGGGCGAGGGAGUCCUGUGAGGACUUUACAGUAUCAUUGA